GAUGAGGAACAUCAGAAGAAACAGUGUUUCCAAAGCUCAACAGUGAAGUUUGUGUUUUAACGUAGAAUUAUGAAGUUAAAAGUCAUAGUUACUUCAAGAGUGUAUCAAAAAUUGUUUAUUCUUGUUCUUCUGCUUCAAAACUCCGUGUCAGGUCAAAUUGACUGGGCCGAAGAUGAUGACGAUCCAGUUUCAACAGUGUCUGUUGAAGCAGUUUUGGGACGAACUGCGACACUUCCUUGUGAUAUUGAGCCAGGGCCAGAAGCCCGCGAUGAUCGAGUGUACAUGGUGCUGUGGUUUCGUGAGAGUGCUGGAAAACCUUUGUACAGUUUUGAUGUUCGCGGACGAGCAUUCUCAAAAGCUUUGUACUGGUCGGAUACGAACGCAUUUGGGCCUCGAGCUUAUUUUCUAACUGUGUCGAAGCCAGCCACAUUAAGCGUUGAUAAUGUACAGCUUGAUGAUGAAGGCGUUUAUCGCUGUCGGGUUGACUUUCAAAACUCUCCAACGAGAAAUCAUCGCAUUAAUUUGACUGUUAUAGUCCCCCCUCAUCAGAUUCUCGUGUACGAUGCAUCAGGGAGAGAUGUAGCAGGCUCUGUGGGGCCGUUACUUGAAGACAAUAACCUCGUUUUGACUUGCGAAGUUCGUGGCGGACGACCUGAACCAGUAGUUCAAUGGUUUAGUGGAUCUACGCCAAUUCCAACUGGUGGAGGAGUAUCUAUGGGUAGACACGUAACUGUCAAUCGACUUGAAAUCCAACAUGUCAAACGUGAUGCACUCAACAACACUUACGUGUGCCAAGCAUCGAAUACAAAGCUCGUUCCGCCGGCGGAACGGACAGUAAGGGUCGAAAUGUUAUUAAGGCCGAUAUCAACAAGUAUAGUUCAUAAACCGAAACAGUUGGCGACGGAAAGCCAGAUAACUUUAUCGUGUGAAGUUGAGGGCUCAGUUCCCGAUACCGACAUCAAAUGGACCCAGAAUAAUCGAGUUUUUGAACGUGGAAGUAGUUGCUUUGAAGCUGCGGGACGACCUGAACCAGUAGUUCAAUGGUUUAGUGGAUCUACGCCAAUUCCAACUGGUGGAGGAGUAUCUAUGGGUAGACACGUAACUGUCAAUCGACUUGAAAUCCAACAUGUCAAACGUGAUGCACUCAACAACACUUACGUGUGCCAAGCAUCGAAUACAAAGCUCGUUCCGCCGGCGGAACGGACAGUAAGGGUCGAAAUGUUAUUAAGGCCGAUAUCAACAAGUAUAGUUCAUAAACCGAAACAGUUGGCGACGGAAAGCCAGAUAACUUUAUCGUGUGAAGUUGAGGGCUCAGUUCCCGAUACCGACAUCAAAUGGACCCAGAAUAAUCGAGUUUUUGAACGUGGAAGUAUCACAAAUGCAACCAACUCAAGCACGGUAAUAUCAGCAUUAACCUUUCGACCGCUACCAUCUGACGACGGAACAAAGUUGAAAUGCGAAGGUUCCAAUCCGAGGCUACCUAACUCAGCUCUAGAAGACACAUUAAUAAUGAAUGUUAUGUAUCCACCUCAAGUCACAUUAUCUCUUGGAUCAACACUUAAUCCCGAUGAUAUCAAAGAAGGAGAUGACGUGUAUUUCGAAUGCAACAUCAAAGCUAAUCCGAAAGAGCAUCGCAUAACAUGGUCACAUGAUAUAAAAGUUUUUUUCAAGAAUGUUUCCUUUUAUCAAUUAAAGGGCUUACCAGUCACUCAAAAUGUUUCAUGGGGUGUCAUCAUAUCAACAAGAUCAUUAGUGCUACAAAGAGUUGGACGAAAUCAUUCAGGAAUGUAUGCGUGUUCAGCAGCAAACGACAGAGGUGAAACGCAAAGCUCUUUAGUGUCACUUAGGAUACAUUACGCUCCUGUUUGCAUAUCGUCAUCAGUGACUAUCGUGGGAGCAUCAAUUGACGAAUCUGUUGCGAUUCCAUGUCGAAUUAGUGCCGAUCCACAGAAAGUGACAUUUGAAUGGACAUUUUCUAACAGCGGCGAGCGUUACGAAGUACCAUCGGGACACUACACGACGAUACAAAACUUUCAUACCGACAUUGAUCACAUUUAUCUUGACGCUGAUGAAAACGGGACUAAUGGAAAUGCUAAACCUGCCCCACUACGCAAUUGUACUCUUCGACCUUAUUCGUCACCCUCCUCAAUCGCAACAACGGCAAUUCAGUCAACGAAUUCUUCAACCUACAGUUUACCAUCUCCACAAUUUCCACCCUACGUCAAUAAUCAAAUCGUAAAUGGGGGCCAACAUUUAAAAGAAUUAAAUUACAUAACAACAGAAUACGAGAAGGAUAAAAAUCUAUUGGUUGAUAGAAGAAAAGUCAUUUCAUCGAAACAACCGCCAUUGAGCACCCACUCGCAUCACCAGAUCGAGAGAAAUUUUUAUAAUGGAAAAAACAUGAGCUUAUUGAAUGCACGACAUGAGAUUCAAAUUCAGCAGCAUCAACAGCAACAGCAACAACAUAAGAACAAUACAAACUUUAGUGAUAAUAAAAUCAACGAUCGAUAUAAAUCAAAUUUAAAAAGUCUUAAACGUCGUACAACGACGCGAAAUGAAAGUGUACGUGAAGUGAAAUCUUCCGCUAACAACACAAAACACGUAAAUUUUAAUAAGCAAACAGCAUCGUCAUUGGGUGAAAAUCAAUAUUUAGCAGAAUCAUCAAGAUUCGCUUAUUUACGUUCAUCGACGACUGUUUCAAAAUAUCAUACAACAUCCGCAAUCAAACCAAAUAGUUACAGUGCACAUAGCCCGUUUGCGAAUCAAGUUCAUACUGAGACAGUUGAACAACCAUCGUUAAUGGAAUUGGAAUGUAUAGCUGGCUACGAUGGGGGUUUGCCACAGUAUUUCUUUCUUGAAGCAUACGAUUCACGAACGAGAAAAUUACGAUUAAACAUAACAAGUGCUCUUAAUGAUGUUCCAUUAUUUCGAAUUGAUUUAGCAGAUUUGCUGCCAUCAGAUUCUUACACGCCCACGCUACACCUGGUCGCAUACAGUGUGAAUCAAAAAGGACGAUCGGAGCCAACUGUGCUCGAAGACAUAGCCAUUAAUGAAGCGGAAAAAAGAACAGGUAAGAAGAUUUUCCUUCCCACUAUCAUUGAGAUAACUAUCUAA